AGAGCUGAAGAAUGUCGGCUCGGUCAUGUGAUCGGCUGUGUCCAAUCACAGCUGAUCACAUGGGACAUGUACACUGAUCAUCAAGACACUGAUGAUCAGUGUGCCCUGAUGAUCAGUGUGGCCCCAGAAGUGCCACCUGUCAGUGUCCAUCAGUGCCAGCUGUCAGUGACGAACAGUGCCACAUGCCAGUGCCCAUCAGUGCCACAUCAAUGCCACAUAUCAGUGCCUACCAGUGCACAUCAAUGCCACAUAUCAGUGCCCAUCUGAGCUGCCUUUCAGUGUCACCCAUCAGUGCCAGUCAGUGCCACCUAUCAGUGCUGCCAAUCAGUGCCACCUAUCAGUGCUGCCAAUCAGUG